AUGACAGUGGGUGCAAGGAAGUUUCCGUGGACCUCAAAAUAUUCAGUGCUGUACAUUGACAAUCCAGUUGGCACUGGAUUUAGUUUCAAUGAUGAUGACAAGGGAUUUGCUCGCAAUCAGGAUGAUGUGGGGAGAGACUUGUACAGUACACUUACCCAGUUCUUUCAGAUAUUCUCAGAGUACCAGAACAAUGAAUUCUAUGCUACAGGAGAGUCUUAUGCUGGGAAGUAUGUUCCUGCUAUUGGUUACUACAUCCACAAGAACAAUCCCUCUUCUAAAGUCAAGAUCAGCUUCAAGGGGGUUGCAAUUGGAGACGGCCUCUGUGAUCCUGAAGUGAUGUUCGGUGGCUACGCGGAGUUCAUGUACCAGAGUGGCAUAGUGGAUGAGAAGCAGAAACAGUUUGUUCAACAGCAAGCUGAUUUGGUAGUGAACUACAUCCAGCAGAAGAAAUGGGUCGAAGCCUUUGAAGUUUUUGAUGUCUUGCUUAAUGGAGACACAAUUCUAUACCCUUCUUUUUAUCAGAAUGUUACAGGCUGUACAAACUACUUCAGUUUUCUUCAGUGUCAGGAGCCUGUAGAUCAGUCAUACUUUGGCAAGUUUUUAUCACUGUCAGAAGUGAGGAAGUCUAUUCACGUGGGUAACCUGACUUUCCAUGACGGGUCUGAAGUGGAAAAGCACUUGCUUGAGGAUGUGAUGAAGACAAUCAAACCGUGGUUAGCAGUACUGAUGGAUAAUUACAGGGUGCUUAUUUACAGCGGACAGCUUGAUGUUAUAGUAGCCGUCCCGCUCACAGAGAGGUUUCUGCCAACAGUCCCUUGGUCCAAAGUGGAAGAAUAUAAGAAGGCUGACAGAUUCUUCUGGAAGGUCAAUCCUGACAACUCUGAAGUUGCUGGCUAUGUUUGCCAGGUGGGCGAGUUCUAUCAGGUUUUUGUCCGAGGUGGGCGACACAUUUUGCCUUAUGAUCAACCUGAGAGAUCCUUUGACAUGACUGACAGAUUUCUUUCAAAAACAGCAUGGUAAAGAUGGUAGAGUCUUAUGAACCGUUUCUCAGGAAAUCAAGUUAGCGGGAUUACCAGACUUCAUCGUGCCACUGCAGUUUUGAAUGUUUUCAUGAGGGAUGAUUAUGUGAUUGAUGCCUCUUUUGCUGGUUCUUAUUUGUAAUGAAUGGAUACAACGAUGCCUCGUUAUUUACUGUCAGCAUGGCCUAACCAUUAUUUGCCUGAAAUGAUGACAAAAUGAAUUAGCGCUGUGUACCUUUUUAUUUUUUUACAAACACACAGGAAAAACACUUACUAUAGGCUGAUUCAUUGCCAUGAAUGUUAUUUCAUUCAACAAACUCCGGAAAAGUGGGUUUCACCUGAGCUACAGUAAAGUGAAGAAAAAGGACUGGGAAACUUCAGUGAGGUGAUAAGAGGCCUGUUAGAAUUUGCUUUAGUAAUGAGACGUGAGACUAAGUUUGUAAAAAGGUAGAAGGUUAGUAUUAGUUUUUUUAAUUUCCACAUUGAGCCAACAACAUGUUAACACACACUGCUCUAGAUGCAAUGCUACUGUAAUGUAAAUAUCACAGUGACAGUGUUGUCGACAAUGUGCUUUUCUUAAAUGAGGACUAUUAAUCUAAACAGAGGUGGAUCCAAAUAAUGCUGCUAUUUAAAUCAAUGAAAUAUUAACCUCCCUGAUUUAUUAUUAUUAUU